AUGGAAUCUAUCCCCGUCCUGGUAACUGGUGGCUGUGGAUUCCUAGGCACAUCCAUCGUCUCCCAACUCCUAGGCACCAAGCGCUUCGCCAUAACAGUCAUCGACAUUAAUCCCCCCUCCCUGGGCAGCGCAACCUUCACCGCCUCUGUCCGCUAUGUGCGCGCCAACAUCCUCGAUAAAGAAGCCCUGCAAAAAGUAUUCAAUGAAGCGCGGCCAUCAAUCGUGGUGCAUACAGCCGGUCUGUGUCCCGUGGGCUCUGCGCGGUACUCGAUGAAGGGCAAGGAGACGGUGUUCAAAGUCAAUGUAGAGGGAACACGGAACGUUGUGAGUGCGGCAAAAGAGUGUGGAGCGAAGGGGCUGGUGUACACCAGUAGUAGUACGGUGGUAUUCGAUGAGUUGGAGGCGGACUUUAGAAAUGUGGACGAGGGGUGGCCAACUGGGAGGGCGAAGACGAGCUAUGGGAUUAGCAAGACCCUGGCGGAAGAGAUAGCCCUCUCUGCCAAUACCCACGAUUUUGCAACUUGCGCUCUUCGUCCUGCCCCUGUAUUUGGCCCCAACGAUCCAGGCUGUAUCCCCAUCAUUCACUCCUGUAUAGCCGCCGCCCAGACGCCCUUUGUCAUUGGAUCUGGCACCAAUCUGCAAGACUAUGCCUACGUCGACAAUGUUGCAGACGCCCACGUCCUGGCAGUCAGUAAUCUGCUCAACUGCCAAACUGCAGCUGGCGAGGCCAUAUUCAUUUCUAAUGGCCAGCCUGUCACCCUAAGGCAGCUUUGUAUCGCAGUAUGGAAACAUUUUGGACACAUUCCCAAGUACCAGAUUGCGGUGCCCGAGGGUUUAGCUUGGUGGCUAGGUUUAGGUUUCGAGUGGACCGGGUGGAUUAUGGGGACGGAGGGGCCAUUGAGUAGAGGGUUGGUGAGUGAUGGCUGUAGGGAUCGGUAUAUGAAUCUGUCGAAGGCGCGGCGGUUACUGGGGUACAGGGCCAAGGUGAAUCUCGAUGAGGGAUUGAGGAUUAGCUGCGAGCACUAUAGAAGGCGCCUGGAGGGGCAGCAGAAGAGGUGA